AUGGAGGUCGACACGGCGGACCAAGCUGAUAAAGCCCCUCAAGCCUGCGUUUCCUGUCGCAAACAGAAGAGAAAAUGCGACAAGUUGCUGCCCAGCUGCUCAUUAUGCACCCGCAUGUCCCGGCCCUGUGAUUACUCGGAAACCGCCCCCAAUCCUACAUCUGAAGACUUCGCCAUGAUGCGACAGAAGAUAGCCGACCUGGAAGCCCGCCUCGAAGGUCGACGCUCUGAAGGCUGGCAUGGACCGAUGCGCUCUUUCAGCAGGAGUCCGGGCACUGGAGGCGAUGCUGCCUUUGCCACCGACAGCAAUGUCACCUUCCCGGCUGCUUUUUUCCUCGACGCUGAGGUCUUCACGGAAGCGCAGAUGCCCAUCCCUCGACCCAACAUCGCCGUGCCCCCAGAGGUCGCGGCGACGGUGGGAAUCUCAAUCCUGGACAUUCAGGACAUUGUCGACCGGUACUUCGCCAAUAUUCAUACCUGGCUUCCCUUCAUCUCCAAGAAGCGCAUGCAGCUGACACUAUCCAAUCCCGCUAUGGAGCUCACCCUCGACCUGGCACUCCUGCUCCUGUCCAUGAAGCUUGUCAUCCAGGUUCCUCAAGGGGGCUCCCAGAGUAUUCGGUCACCACUGUACAAUCUCACCAAGGGCUAUGCGACGAUGGUGGAAUCGAGCGGAUUGAUGUCCCUGCAGUUGCUGCAAGCGAACAUCUUGAUCGCAGCAUACGAGAUUGGCCAUGCGAUCUACCCAGCCGCAUAUCUAAGUUCUGGACACUGCGCGAGGAUAGGACAUGCACUGGGUCUCAACGACAGACAACACGCUCCUCAAAUGUUGAGGAAGAAAACGGGAGCUUGGGCGGAGCUGGAGGAGUUUAAGCGGACGUGGUGGGCAACAAUGCUUCUCGACAGAUAUGUCAAUCUCGGUUCCUCAGGUCACCCUUUGGCUACCGACGACCCAAACCUCAACGAUACGCUGCCGGCAGACGAUGAGCUUUGGGAUGAGGGCCAGAUAACGACGAGUGAGCCACUCUACGUGUCCUCACCCACAAACGUCAAAGCCGGAGCGUUUACACGAACGUGCCAAGCGACGCACCUCCUGGGUAGGCUCGUCCGGCUUCUCAACGACAGACUACUUGAUGCACCUAUGCGAUUUUCAGAAGCAAUCCAGCUACAUCGGACGCUUCAGGCAUUGGCAAACCUCCUUCCCAACGACGUCCAUCGCUCACCUGAGCGGUACGGAACACCCUUGGCCCUCUGUUACAGCAGCCUCAUGCACCUUUGCGACCCGUUUGCCUGUACCGAAUCCAAUCGCGGCUACCGUACUGUUGAAGAGACUGAGAUGCAGACGAUUGCGAUUGCCGGGCUGAAGUCGAUCGCAGCAGAUGUACUCCGUUUCAGCCAGCUCUGGCACGUGGGCAUGACAUCGAACCCUGCGGCGGUGAGUCCUUUGCUUGGUGAUUGUCUAUAUUUUGCAGCAACCAUCUACGCAUGGCUAGCCAACGAGACAGGGUUAGGGGAGAUGGGAGAAGCAUACCACAUUCUGAGAAAGGUGUUGGAAACAAUGGCUUCCCGAUGGGCAGUAGGACAGCAGUAUCUGGCCCUGCUCGAUAUGAGCAAGGAGCAUCUCUAUGCCGAUUCGCUCCUUGUCUGA